AUGGGUAAAGAGAUUGUUAGUUGUGAAGCACCUCAAGAGCCUGGGAGACGUAGUAGGUUGUGGAAUGAUAUGGAUAUUUUUUCUAUAUUGAAGAAUAAUACUAUAAGUGGAUUAGGGACAGAAUUUAUUGAAGGCAUGGUGAUAAACUCACCCCCACAUAAAGAAGAAUUGAAUACCGAAGCCUUCUCAAAGAUGAAAAGAUUUAGGCUGAUAAAAAUCUGCAAUGUGCAACUUCCUCAAGGCCUUAAUUAUCUCUCUAAUGAACUACAAAUGAUGGACUGGUGUGAUUAUCCUUUGAAAUCCAUGCCAAUUAGUUUUCGGCCAACCAAUCUUGUUGAACUCAUCAUGCCUCGCAAUUGCAUCGAGCAACUACCAACGGGAUUUGCUAACUUGGACAAACUAAAACUCAUGGACCUUAGUGACUCUCAACACUUAAUCAAUACUCCUGACUUCAAUGGAUUCCCAAAUCUUGAGAGGCUGAUUUUUCAAGGUUGCACAAGAUUGUAUAAGAUUCACCCAUCUAUUGGAGCUCUCAAGCGGCUUACUCUAUUACAUCUGAAAGAUUGCAAGCGUCUUCAUAGCCUUCCACAUGAAAUCAACAUGGAGUCACUUGAAAUUUUUAUUCUUUCUGGUUGUUCAAGACUUAGGAAUUUUUCAGAGAUCGGAAGAGAUAUGACACGUUUAUUGGAGCUUUAUCUGGACGAAACUGCCAUAGAAGAACUACCAUCAUCAUUUAAGCAUCUAACUGGCCUGAUUUUAUUGAAUCUUCAAGAAUGCGAAAAUAUUUCAAGUUUUCCACAGGUCAUUUAUAGUUUGACUUCUCUUAAAAUUCUCAACCUAUUGGGAUGUAAUAGUCAACCACCUAAAUCAUGGCAUUUUCCUGGACUUUUCUUCAUCAAUGCUACACUUGUUUUAUGGAAAAAUAGUUUCUUCAUUGCCCAACAUCUUGAACUUGAGCCAAUCAACCUGUUUAUGCCUAGGUCAUUUUUAGGGUUAAGGUCUUUAGUGUCUCUAGAAUUAAGUGACUACAAUAUUCUGGAUGGUGCAUUACCUAGUGAUCUUGGAUGCUUAUCCUUUGUACAGUUUUUAAAUCUGAGCAAAAGCAAUUUUACACGCCUACCUGAUAGCAUCUCUCAACUUCCUAAACUUAGAUUUCUUUACGUGGAUAACUGUAGCAGGCUUCAAGCAUUGCCAAAUCUUCCACUUAGUGCACAAUUUGAGCAAAUUCAUCAAAGUGAAGGAUUUUACAGCAUUUCACCUCAAACUGAAAUUCCAUGCUGGUUUAACCGUAAGAGCCUUGGAUCAUCUAUAACUAUCCUUUUGCCUUCUCCUCUAUAUGAUAACAAUAGCUAG